AUGCACGUACUAGCGCGGGGCGCGGGGCUCGCGGGCCGCGGGGGAGCGCGUGGACGGCGCGGCGCGGCGCGCGACGGCACGCAUGGCGGGGCUACCGGCGGCGAGUGCCGCGGUCGCGAGCCCGGCCAGCCCGGGCGCUCGCCCGCGCCGGCGCUUGGAGCUCCACGUGACGUCCCCGCGCCGCCCGCCGCCGCCCGCCCCCGCCCCCGCGCGCCCUGCCCGCCUCCGCCCGCCCUACAGCGCCCGGACGAAUCUUACAUAUACGAUCAUCAACCGUCAAAUUGUCGCGGCUGCCGGUACGUGUUCGCACCUCCGCCGAUUGCUCAUGUAAAUUACCGCAUGCUCCCGCUGUACGACGAUGCAUUCGACUGA